AUGCCUCACGGUCGUCCUGCAAAGCGCAGGCGAGUUACGCCUCCCAUCGAUGACAGUGUUCCUUCCGAGACGAUUAAAUCAGGAGAUCUAUUCGCCCGAGCAGCUGAUUGGGAUCUGGAGCAAGAAUACGAACAAAGAUCGAGGAACAAAAAGACCAAAGAAUCCUCUAGAUUACCUGUUAUCACCGCCGAUGGGCGGAUACAACAAAAGACACAAGAAAAGCAACCGGAGCCGGAAGAAGACUCGGAUAGCUUCUUAGGCUCGGGGUCCGAAAAUGAAGAAGAGAAUGGUGGACAGGACGCUGAGACACCUCCCACUGAGCCAGAAUCUGUACCUCAAAUCCCAGUCAAGCAGCAUGUGUUGGCAGCUAAGGAAGAGAUAGCCCGCAUAGCCGAGUUAUUGAACGAGGAUCCUGAAGAACACGCAGGCUCGUUCAAGAAAUUGGCCUUGGUGGCUGGGCCGCAAGCGCCUGUACCAGUGAAAAGACUGGUUCUAGCUGCCCAAGCGGCAGUCUACAAAGAUGUCAUUCCGGGCUACCGAAUUCGCGCGUAUGAGGAAGAAGAGUUGGGCAACAAAAUCUCAAAAGAUGUUCGUCAGACACGGCAGUAUGAGCAGGCCCUUGUGAGUGGAUAUCACGGUUAUGUCAAGCACCUUGCGUCGCUAGCCAAGGGGAAAAAAGGUGAAGACGGCACUUCUUCACUACGUAGCGUCGCGAUCAGCUGUGUCUGUACGCUUCUUCUCUCAGUGCCCCAUUUCAACUUCCGUACCGAACUGCUGAAUGUCCUGGUCCGUGAGCUGGCUGGGCGAGAGGCUACCCCUGAUUACAAUAAGUGCAUUGAAGUACUAGAAAAGUUCUUUGCUGGUGACGAUGAUGGGGCGCCCUCACUGGAGGCUGUGACUCUGAUCACGAAGAUGAUGAAAGUCAGAGAUUAUCGGGUACGGGAAGAAAUCCUGAACACUUUCUUCCACCUGCGUCUGCUGUCUGAGCUCACAGCACAAAGUUCGACCACCAGGAUCGACAAGCCAGAAGACAUGUCAAAACUACACGGCAGAAAAGUCAAAAAGGAGAAAUGGGAGCAUCGAUCCAAGAAGGAACGCAAAUUUGCCAGGGAGCGUAAGGCUGUCGAAAAGGACAUGCGCGAGGCGGAUGCCAUCGUGGACUACGAGGCCAAGGAAAAGAUGCAGUCGGAAACUCUCAAGAUGGUGUUUGUCACUUACUUCCGCAUUCUCAAAGCACGUAUUCCCCAUUUGAUGGGUGCCGUUCUGGAAGGACUCGCAAAGUAUGCCCAUCUCAUCAACCAAGACUUCUUUGGGGAUCUACUCGAGGCACUGAAAGACAUCAUUGGUGAAGCCGAGAUCGCCAUGAAAGGUGAAUUGGAUGAAGACGGCCCGACUGAAGAUAGUGAAAUUGAGAUGGACACCCUGGCGACACGCAAUCGCAUGCGCGAGACACUGCUCUCGACUCAAACCGCCUUCACACUCCUUUCGGGUCAGGAAGCCUCGAAAGCCGCCUCAAGCCUCCAACUCGAUCUGUCAUUCUUCACCUCGCACGCAUUCCGCACACUCUAUCCACUCGCCCUUGACGCCGACGUCGAAUUGGGUCCCAAAACCCUCCGCCUCGCCGACCCGCACAAACAUAACACAAACGACACCGUUUCCCCAGUAGCCAACAAAGUCAACAUCUCCACGCCCAUCCUCUUGCUUAACCGAGUCCUGACAUCCAUCCUCCUCACACCCUCCCAGCCCCCACCAACACUCACGACCGCAGCAUUCUACAGGCGUCUCUUAACCAUCACAUUACAGCUCCCAGAGAAGUCGACCCUGUCGGUCUUGACACUUAUGGCCAAGAUCGCAGACAAACAUGCCCGCAAGAUCGAGCCGCUGUGGUACAGUGAUGAGAGGAAGGGCGAUGGCGUGUUCCGCGGGGAGAGCGAUAGUGUCGAAGGCUCGAAUGUGCUGGCCACGGGCACCGGGAUUUGGGAGGCCGAGUUGUUGCGCAAACAUUAUUGUCCCAAGGUCAGGGAGCAGAUUAAGGCGGUUGAUAAAGUCAUUGCCGGGUUGAAUCGGUGA